AUGGGCGCGGGCAUGAAGUUCAUCGACGUGGGGGGCGGCCUGGCGGUCGACUACGACGGCUCCUUCACCGACACCCCGGCCUCCAUGAGCUACACCAUACAGAACUACGCAAACGACGAGGUGUGCAUCGAACGCGGCAUCGAGCCGCCCACCAUCAUCAGCGAGAGCGGGCGCGCCCUGGCCUCCGCCCACACGGUGCUUGUCUUCGAUGUGCUGUCAAAGCCCCACUCUUUCCGUGAGAACGAGAAGCGGGAGGAGGAGGAGGAGCUCAUGCGGGUGGCGUCGGGGUCGCUGGACGACCAGCCACUGACGAAGCAGCUCAAGCAGGCCACGCGUUUGGGCAAGGGCCAAUUCCUGCUCACCACCUUCAAAGAGGUCUACGACAACAUACAGCCGGACGACAGCAGCCUGCGCGAGGCCUUCACCGACGCGACCUACUUCAAAGACGAGGCCCUCAGGGCCUUCAAGCUGGGCAUCCUCAGCCUGCUCGACAGGGCGCAGGCGAGCACGGGGCCGCCACCCCUGCCCGGCCCCCCUCACCCCGCGCCAGCAGCCGCCCAGAGCUUGGAUGGGCGAGCUCUGGGCGAUCGGGAAGCGUCUGAUCCGCUCACACCCCCGCUGCCAUUGUUCCGCAGCACGGUGGACGUGUGGGGCAUCUCCCAGGUGUUCCCCAUCAUGCCCAUCCACCGGUGA